AUGGCUGAUACUGCUUCGUCCGCGCUUCCGGGCACAGCAGUUCUGGUCACUGGUGCUGCUCGUGGUAUUGGGAUGGCAAUUGCUGAGUACUUGGCGAAGUGCGGUGCCAAGGUGGUGGUAACGGAUGUGAAAGCCAAUGCAGAGGGCAUUAAGACCCUCACUGGGCACUCAGAGUUGAUUGUUGCAGCGCCUUUGGGUGACUUGACGGACGACGAGUUCCGCAAGACUUUGAUCCAAGAGGGCGUCAAGUUGGCGGGAAGUGAAGGCCUACGGGGUCUGGUCAACAAUGCAGGGGUGGGCCUCUUCACCGACCUGCUGGAGGGGACGGAUCCAGCAGAAGUUCAACGUUGCUUCGACGUGAAUGUGGCAGCUCCUUUGCGUUUGGCACAGAUUUGGGCGCAAGGACGCGUGCAGCACAAGCUUGGAGGUGCUGUAGUGAACGUCUCCUCCCAGUCUUCCAGCGUGGUCAUUCCGGCCCACACCUCCUACAGUGUCAGCAAGGCUGCUAUUGACCAAGUCACUCGUCACCUGGCCGUAGAGUUAGGGCCCCACCAGAUCCGCAGCAACGCUGUGAAGCCCACUGUGGUCCGAACAGAGAUGGGUCGGACUGCCUGGCCCGAGGGCGCACCAGAGACCAAGGCCAUGCAGUUGAAGAUCCCUUUGCGGCGCUUUGCAGAGCCUUGUGAAAUUGCCAGUGUGGUUGCUUUUCUAUUGGACGACGCCCGAAGCGGCAUGGUCAACGGAGCCUGUGUCCCCGUUGAUGGCGGCUUCCUUUGCUGCGGAUGA